AAUCAUUGAAAUACUGGUCAGCAGAGGAAAACCAGCAUCCAUCCGGUUGUGUUUACACAUGCAACAAUCCUGUUAGCAAGCUAGGCUUAGCAUAACGUCUUAAAUAAGUAUAAAAUGGCUCCACUAUCUGACAAUCCGGCAGAUAAAGACAGGUACAUUUGCAUCUAUCCCGCAUAUGUCAACAGUAAGAAGACCCUUGCCGAGGGAAGGCGAAUACCGUCUGAAAAGGCUGUGGAGAACCCUACCUGUGUUGAGAUCCGUGAUGUCCUGACUGCUGCAGGGGCAAAUAUCCUCGUUGAGAACAGCAUGUAUUCUAGAGAGUGGAACAGAGAUGUGACGUUCAGAGGACGUGUGCGUGUCCAAAUGAAACAGGAGGACGGAACGCUCUGCUCGGACAAAUUUGCAACGAGGAAAGAUGUGAUGAUCUACGUGGCUGAGAUGAUACCCAAGCUGAAGACCAGGAGCCAGAAGAGUGGUGGGGCCGACUCCGGCUCUCAGCAGGGAGAGACAGGAAAGAAAAGCAAGAAAAAAAGGAAGUGAACAACACCGAACGAUUGUGAAAGCGGGUCAGGAAAAAAAGUCAGAUAGGGAGGGUGAAAGACUGUAAGGAAAGAAUGAAAGUACUCCAGUGUAUUUUCUGAAUAUUUACAGUAUCACAAAUGUUCUAUGGACUCUUUCGCUUGAUGACUGCCCUUGCUGACUUACAGAAAUGGGCAGCAAAAAAACAGCUACAAGAUUUCUUACUCACUCUGAAGACUGUAAGUCUGUAGUAUUUCUUUUUUGAAUCAGUCUCAAAUUGACUUGUGGCAUUUUUAUUUUUAUGUUGUGCUUUUUUUUCAAGUUUUUGUUUCCAAUCCCCACCUUAGUUCACCUAUUUAUGCUUGGAAAUGAAUAAAUUACUUUAAUUUACCGAGGUAA